UGAGUCAAACGCGUCAAAAUUUUAAUGUCACUAAAGAUUUGUUUAUAAAAUAUAUUUUCUUUAGCAGUUCUCUAUUCAGAUAAGCUUAUUUAUUAUGAGCCGUUUAUUGUUUUAACUUUUGUGCCUUUACAUAAUAUUAACAACUAAAAAAUGGAGAACGAAGAGGACUGUAAAUGUGUGAAGAUCGUGGGCCACCUAGAGGAGGUCCGCUGGUUGUUGUGGCCACGAGACAACCGCGCCAGCCCGGGGGCACUAGCUCUGGGCGACUGGAUCAAGAACCCCUUCAUUUGGCUGCACUACGUCGAAAGCUCUGACGGCAUCUUGCCCGAGGAUCAGGUGCUUAUGAGCACGGACACUCGCUACUGGAGCAUCCACGACGUGCAGCGAUACUUCUUCGGCGAUCUCCACUGCGAGCAGGUGCUCUUUACGUACCAAUAUCCCAACCUCAGGAUGCCCACGCGCCUUGGAAGCUAUUUCUGGAAAGCAAACACCGCGUUGAAACUACCGCCAAAGCUGUACCAAAAGGAAUUCCACCAAUCUUUGGAAAUCACAUUGAAGAAAAUGGAAGCUGAACAAUGCCAGAUGGAUCGCCUAAUGAUUUCAGAUCAAUUAAUUAAAAUUGAUCGUUUGGAUGAUUUCAAAAGAAAAACCUUUUUUCGGAUACUGCAAAAUAUUUUGAGUUUCCAGGAUCGGUUGCAACUGGUCUCGUUCGAGAACCUUUGCUGCCGACGCCUGGAGGGCGUGCGGCUGAUCCAGCAGUUGGCGUGCUUCAACGCGGAGUCUCUCAAGUACCUGUUCCUAUGGCGGUUUGUGCGACCCAACGAAAACCCGAUUCUAAUCAACUACAGCUACAUCACAGGAAGCGGGCAGUAUAUCCCCAGGCCCAAGUCGCGGCACUGCUUCCUGAGGAGUUUGGGCGAGCUGAGAAACCUGCGUGUGCUUGCUCUGGAGUACUCGCACAUCGCCGACGGAACUGGGGGCGCUCUAAUUUCCUUGCUGCCGGUCCUGAAGAGACCACACUUUCGAUUGCAGUUGAUGUGCCGGGAAGACCAGACCCCGGGUCGAGCUGACGCCGCGCUGGGCAUAGGCGGCUACGACAUCCCGGACACGGCCUGGCGACGCGUCACCAUCGCCUGCCCAGACCUGUAUUUGCUGAUGUCAUUCUUUCGUAUACGCGACUACGAUAAUGUAAGAAGAUUUUUGACGCCCAGCAUACCACUUCGGGAAACUCAUCUUCAAUUGGGUAUAGACAUGAAAAUGAAGCAACGGCAAGACUCAGAUCUGAGUUGUUUUAUUCGCCAUGUUGCUUUUCGUUACGCGCACAAUCUUGUAACGUUGAGCAUACAUCAAUGGAGGUUCGCGACAUUCCCUCUACGCAGAGUGUUCGAGCUUAUGCCGAGGCUGGUGCGGUUCAUGUACGUCGGCGCUGUGGCCGACGAGGUCGAUCUCAGGAAAAUGCUUCAGAUCAUAGCGUGUGGCGUGUGUGAUAAACUGAAACAAGUCAGUAUUCAAAUUCAAGAUGAUGAACCUAAACGAAGUUAUUGGAAGCAAGUAGCUGAUAUAUUGAAUGAAGAAUACGCCGAAAUAAUGCAAUUAUUUGAAAUUAACUUCUGUUUAGACAUUUACAAACUAUAAAUAAAACAAAAAAAUAUUCA